UCGAAGCCUGUGAAUUGAAAAAUGGCAGAAACCGCUCCAGCAGCUCCCGCUGUCAGUUCGGCUAAGGCGCCGAAGAAGAAAACAACCUCUAAGCCUAAGAAAGCCGGCCCCAGUGUGUCUGAUUUGAUCGUGAAGGCUGUCUCCGCUUCAAAGGAGCGACAUGGGCUCUCUUUGGCUGGACUCAAGAAGGCUCUUGCGGCUGCCGGCUAUGAUGUGGAGAAGAACAACGCCCGCGUUAAACUGUCUUUGAAAAGCCUUGUGAGUAAAGGUACUCUCGUGCAGACUAAAGGUACUGGUGCCUCCGGAUCCUUUAAAAUUAAUAAGAAGCAGGCAGAGACCAAGGAGAAAGCCACAAAGAAAAAGGCGGCUCCGAAAAAGAAACCAGCGGCAAAGAAGCCCGCAGCCGCCAAGAAAGUAAAGAAGCCAGCAGCAAAGAAACCCACAGCUGCCAAGAAGGCGGCUAAGAAGCCUGCCGCACCUAAGAAAGCGACUAAGAGUCCCAAAAAGGCGAAGCCAGCUGCAAAGCCUAAAAAAGCAGUCAAGAGUCCGAAGAAGCCCAAAACGCCCAAGCCUAAAGUGGCCAAAUCCAAGACUGCAAAGAAGGCGACACCCAAGAAGAAGUAAUCCAUUCAUACUACUUUGCAUUUGUACAAAACAAACGGCUCUUUUCAGAGCCCCC